GAAGCUUCCUCAACAAACGCAACGCACACAGAGAGAGGAAGGAGAGAAUGGCGAAGCGUAGCUUUCUAUGGCGAGACGGUUCUCUUUUCUUGUUUGAAACGGCCUCUCUUAACUAUCUCUUCAAUCCGACGAUGAUCAGGACUCGGACAUUCAUCGAAACAGAUUUAACCGCCAACCACUCCAUUAAAAAUCACAGAUCGGCGCAAGCGGCGAUGAACGACGACAGAAUUAAUCCAAUUGAAGAAGAAGAAGAUAAAGGAGACAAACAAUGAACAGGUCGAUGAUCACGAUGCUCUCCAUCUUAAUGACCCUAGCUCUCUCGAUGGAUGCACAAACGAGUGGCUCCGAUUUGAUCUCUCAAGUCUGCGAGCACGUACCUCGCAGGGGCUUCUGCGAAUCCGCGCUCCGGUCCGAUCCGAGGAGCGAGGGGGCGGACACGGCCGGGCUCACGGCGGUCGCGCUCGGCCUCGCCGCCGCGAACGCGACGGACACCGCCCCCUUCAUCGGCCGGAUGCUCGGCGGCGGCGGGGGGAGCUUGGGCCCGGCGGUGGAGCAGUGCCUCAGCGAGUGCGCCGACCAGUACGCGGACGUGGUGGAGCAGGUGGAGGCGUCGAUCGCCGCCGCGAGCGCGGGGGACUACGGCGGCCUGAGGCCGUGGGUGAGGGCGGCGAUCGCGGACGCGGAGUCGUGCGAGGAAGGGUUCAGGAUGGAGGCCGGGGGCGGCGACCAGAUGAUGAUGUCGCGACGGAACAAGGUGUUCAGGCUGCUGUGCGACACCGCGCUGAGGAUCGUGGAACUGCUGGUGCUCGCCUGACUGACGAAGGCGACGAUGGAUGGAUGACGCGUUCCGUCGUCGGAGGGACGGUCGAAAACGAGGGCGCGAGGAGAGAGAGAGAGAGUGGAAAUUGAGAAUCGUUGAGGCAAUAAAGAGCGCGAAAAUGUUGAAAAGGAAGGAGGAGUAGGGUAGGACUGAGCUGUUCUUCUGCAGAACCGUGAAAACUGUACAGAACAUUUUAUUCGCCUUUUAA